ACCGUGGGCAAAUGGGUUUGAGGUGCUGGAUUGGAAGUGAACCAUGCAAUUACAUAAACAUCGGAGCGGCCAGUCCGCCAGUGAGUGGAAAGACAUGGAUGUUAGAGGAUUAUCCAAACAGUAGAACACUUUUUCCAUGUGUGUGUAAGAAAAAAAGCCUGGCACACUUGGGCUCACUCCCCUCCCUGCCGCCAACACUUUGGAAGGCGAGUCAGGAGAAGCUCAAAGGGGAGAUUCAGACUUUCAAUUUGUGUUUGUGAUGAACGAGAAGCUCUUCUUCGGCGGUGGCUUUGGUAAACUCAACACAACUCCGAUCUCCUUUGCUCCUUGGCCUCUCCAGCAAGCGGAAUGGCAGGCGGAGAUGCUUCGCUGCCUGAACCACCCGGCCUAGAAGAACCAAACUAAGACUGUCUUGAGACGUUGCACUAAACUUCGUAAAACUUUGGACGUGCUGUCCGUUUUUUUGCCUUUCAAUAUAAAACUUUAAAAACACUGGAAAUGACAUAGUGGGAUGCUUAGCUGCCGGAUGCGUCAGGAAUUUUUUCCCUCCAUAACCAAGGCAUCGCUAUGCAACACAAAGCAACUUUGGCCUUCUUGAAAGUGGCCCGAGAGGACAAACAGCUUUCUGAUGGAGCCUGUUUUUUCUGCUUCUUUGUUGGAGAAAAGAAGAAACAUCGUAUUGAUGAUUGACUCCUGACUCUGCCUCCAUUCUUUUAUUUUCAAGAACAUUCAAGUCUAUCUUUCAAGAAACUUAACUGCAAUGAUGAAGAAAAAAACGAAAGCGAUAGCUAUGGCAAAUCGAUAGGGGACAGACUAUUACUUGGUCCCUGAAGAUGGAGCGACCAAACGGCUCAAAGACUCGGAAAUCGAAGACGCUGCGCUCCCUCUCGCGCUCGCUCAUCCUCUGCAAUGGCAAGAGCAGUGACGAGGGGUCGAGCCCGGAGGAGAAAUGCCCCGACCCCUUUGAGGACCAGGACAACUGGGGUCAAGAGGAAGCAAGCCACUGCCCUCGCCUUGAAUUAGUGUGUACUUCGUCCAGCGAGGGUGGCUCUCCUGAUCCACUUAUGCUCACCAGCAUGAUGCAGCUGAGAGCCUCAGCCAGCGAUAGCUGCAAGAAUAUCAAGAGAAAGUUCUUCAUAAAGGAUAGUUGCAUUUGGAAACUCUGCGCUGCCACGGGAAAUGAUAACCUAGGAAUUCAAGUCUCUCGAAGUCCCAACUGUUCCACUUUUGGAAAAGAACUCACAGUGAACUACAUGAUCGACGGAGGAGCUGCCCAGAGGGGUGGCUGCGUGAGGUCUGGUGAUGAGCGUUUGACGGUUAAUGGGCAAUCUGUUAAAGAGCUCUCCAGAAAAGAGGCAGAAUCCAUCAUCCAAUCAGCAAAAGGACUGGUAAAUUUAGUAAUUCCUCACAAGGAAUCCUCAGUUUGCUCAAACAAAGAGCAACCCGUUAAACUGAACAGGCAAAAUGGCUCCGUUCUGCAGACCAAAGCCAAGUGCCAAAGGACUCGUAGUAAUUCAGCCAGCGUGAGUCCCUACUGGAUUGGAGAAAUCGAUGGUCCCAUGGCCAAAAAAUCAGCCUCCCGGUACAGACAGUCCCAUUCUCUUUACAGCAACAGGAAGUCACUCUCACAGCAGCUGGACAGUUCAACAGGAAGAGCUCCCCCCCUUUCCAGAGCUUCACGGUCCUUAAGUACAGUGCAGUUACUACACACAGCAUGCGGAUUGCAGGCUUCCUUCAUUACCAAUAUCGUUUUAAUGAAAGGCCAGGGGAAGGGCCUGGGCUUCAGCAUUGUAGGAGGUCAAGACAGCAUUUAUGGCCCCAUUGGGAUAUAUGUGAAGACCAUCUUUCCUCAGGGAGCCGCUGCUGCCGACGGAAGGCUGCAAGAAGGGGAUGAACUCCUGGAGCUGAAUGGAGAAUUGAUGUAUGGACUCACCCAUUAUGAAGCUCUGCAGAAAUUCAAGGCUAAGAAAGGUCUUCUCACGCUUACCGUCCGAACGAGCUUCAGUGCCCCACAUUUAUCAUCCCAGCUCUGCAGUUUACCAAGCACCGGAUUGUGCGUCGCCAAGGAGGACAUCUCCGUCGGUGGGAAAACGGCUCCAUUCCUGUUGGGUGCCCUUAACCCCAAUGACCGGAUCAUUGUGGAAGUUUUCUUAAAGAAAGAGGCUGGUGUGGGCCUAGGCAUUGGGUUGUGCAGUAUCCCUUAUUUCCAGUGUAUUUCGGGCAUUUUCAUCCAUGCCCUUUCUCCUGGCUCUGUGGCUCAUAUGGAUGGAAGUCUCAGGGUUGGAGACGAAAUCAUUGAAAUCAAUGAAGCGUCCAUUCAAAACAUGACCCUCAAUGAGGUCCAUGCCCUCCUAAGCCACUGCAGCCCUGGCUCCGUGCAGGUUAUCAUCAGCAGGCAUCCGGAUCCACAGGUCUCUGAUCAUCAGCUGAAGAUGGCUGUUUUGCAAGCUGUAGAAAACAACAAGUUAGAAAGAGAGCGGUACCAGUGGAGUACAGAAGGUGUCAAAAGUCUGGAGAACAGCUGGCAUAAGAAACCUCCCUGUGAAAAAUACUCUGAAAAGCAUGCCUUUCGUGGCAGUCAUCAUUCCCAAAAGAUUAUGAUCCGCUCCAGUAGUGACAGCAAUUGCAAGUCCAGGUCAUCUGGGGGAAAUGGUCUCACUGACCAGCUGAGUGAUUUGAAACCAAAAGGACAUAGUAUUGACAUACCAGUCAUCGGACAAUCCGGCUCAUUGUUUUCCUCUUCCAGAUCUAGUCUGGAGAAUGACUCGUCCCCACCAACACUUAAGGACGCAGCUCACCUCUCGCAAAAUAACACAAGGAAAUCAACAGAGAUCCUGGUUCGAAAACCUAGGUCAUCAAAACCCAAACCCCCACCAAGGAAGUAUUUCAAACAAGACAGUGCUGCCAAUGAGCAGAUUAGCAGAGAAGAGAAAGACAAGACCGGUCUACAAAGGGAUGAGAACCUGCCUUCUCCAAAUACCCAGGAAGUAGAAGACCUGCUGUGGCAAAGGAACAAAACUGUUGUAACGUGUGGUGCCUUUGCAAGUUCUUCAGUCCCAAGAGCUACAGAACGGUUAAACAUCGGAUCUGUAGACCAAGAGAAGAAAACUCACAAAGGAAAGACUGUCUCAACAGCCCAAAGGCCUGCACUCCAAAGACAGACAAAAAUAGACUACAGCCUUGGGCUUCCGACGGAAGACCCUUGGGUUAGAAUUUCUGACUGCAUCAAAAGCUUGUUUAAUCCCAGUAUGUCAGAAGAUGGACACGCCUUGGCCUUGCAUCCCACCAAUGACACAAAUGGAGACAAUCAAGUAUCCAGUUGCUCGGAAGUAUCUCUGCAAAGAACAAAUGUAGAUACAGUCAAUUCAGAAGAACUGAGGUCAUCAGAUGAAGGUGAUUUUGUGAAAAAGGGUCCACCAGUUGCACCUAAACCAGCUUGGUUUCGUCAAAGCCUAAAAGGCUUGAAGAAAGGAAAGUCAGACUUAACAACUCCCAGAAAUACAACUGACCUCCAUCAGAAUGUGUCUGACAAUGAGCUGGCUUCCCUUUCCAGGGCAAUUCGUGUCUCUCCUCGAGGGUCAUCAAUAAAGCAAAGGAUAAGCUCGUUCGAAAGUUUGGGCACUCCUCAGUCUCAAGAGAAAGGAAACCAAAAACUAAGCCCCAAACUUUCAGUUCAGAAAGAAGCGUCUCUUGGCAGAAAGGAAACAAAAUGUGCAACAGCGCAUUCCAACCAAAUUUCAGGCAGCAACAGUGGUCACUGUCAAGGUUCUGAAAGCACCACACUUGAGAAGUUCCCAGAGGCAAGCAAUAUGGAUUCGAGAGAGGAAUAUGCCUCUACUCUGAAGAUGAGCAAAAGCACCACCAAUGAAUGUCCUCUGGAUUUGUUUCCGCUACAAAACACAGAACAAAUUCAAAAAGUUUCACAAAUUCAAAAAGUGCCAAGCCAAAGAGCGCGCAGCUUUCCGCUUAGCUCGGCCCAGUCGUACGAGAUGUUGAAAACCAGUGGAGAAAAAGACAGCAAAAUCGAUUCCAUAAGCCACCACUUCUCGUCAGCUUUAAUGAAAUCGCUGCAUUCCUUUCCUCAGUUUUCACCGUGUCGUUGGAAAAACCUGCACGAAGGGUUCCCAAAGUCCGGCUCAGAAGAAAGUGCGUCGUCUCUCCUCCACACAAGUGCGGGUUAUUCUUCAGACACCGGCUUUUCUCUUAACCUCUCUGAGCUGAGGGAUUAUGGUGAGAGUUGGUCAGCUCAUGAAAAAGAAGUCGGUGAGCAAUGCUGCAGUUCGUUGCAAGCUUUGGGCUUCUCAGGACAGUCUGUCAUCUCCCUUCUUACUCCUGAAGAACUGGAAAAGCUGAUCGAGGAGGUGAAGUCUUUAGAUGAGGCUACAUUAAAGCAACUCAAUGAGAUCCAUGUUACUGUUCUUCACAAAGAAGAAGGUGCUGGCCUUGGGUUCAGCUUAGCUGGUGGAGUAGACCUAGAAAACAAAGACAUUACUGUACACAGAGUUUUCUCUAGCGGACUAGCAUCCCAGGAAGGAACUAUUCAGAAAGGAGAUGAAGUGUUGUCAAUCAAUGGGAAGUCUCUCAAAGGCUCCUCUCACAACCAAGCGCUGGAGAUCCUGCGAGACGCUCGCCAAGUAAAGCAGGCAGUUAUUGUUACAAGAAAGCCCAGAGAGAGGAAAAUAAGCCUCAAUACAUCUCUUGAAUCCUCUGUGUCAUCAGGAGGUGAAAAUUCAACAGACUAUACAUCUGAAGACCUGAUUUUCAUGGUGACCUUGGAGAAGACCUCUGCCGGUUUAGGGUUCAGCUUAGAAGGAGGGAAAGGCUCCAUCCAUGGAGAUAAACCAAUUGUAAUUAACCGGAUAUUUAAAGGAGCGGGAUCAGAACUCAGCCCUGCUGUUCAGCCUGGAGAUGAGUUGCUGCAAGUGGGCACCAGCCUCAUGCAAGGUCUCUCCCGGUUUGAAGCCUGGAACCUCAUCAAGACUUUGCCGAAUGGGCCGGUUGCUGCCGUCAUCAAGAGAAAAGGCUCCUCCUCCGGCACAAAAGCUGAAUCUCCCCACGGAGAGGAGUGAAAAUAAUAAUAACAAACUAAUUUGGAGAGGGAAAAAUGACUUGCUUUCUUUUCUAACAAAAUAGCUAAUUUUAUCAGAUGACCGUGAAUAUCUAUCUGCAAGCAAACUGGGCAAGAGACAUUAUUAUUAUCCUUUGAAUUCCAAAGAGCUUUAAGCAACUAUAAAAGGUAAAGGUUUCCCCUGACGUUAAGUCCAGUCAUGUCUGACUCUGGGGGUUGGUGCUCAUCUCCAUUUCUAAGCCGAAAAGCCGGCGUUGUCCGUAGACACCUCCAAGGUCAUGUGGCCGGCAUGACUGCAUGGAGCGCCGUUACCUUCCCGCCAGAGCGGUACCUAUUGAUCUACUCACAUUGGCAUGUUUUCGAACUGCUAGGUUGGCAGGAGCUGGAGCUAACAGCGGCCACUCCUGCCGCUCCCAGGGUUUGAACCUGGGACCUUUCGGUCUCCAGCUCAGUGCUUUAACACACUUCGCCACCAAUCCUGGAAUUGGAAGAGACCUCAUGGGCCAUUCAGUCCAACCCACUGCCAAGAAGCCUUCAAAGCACCCCCAACAGAUAGCCAUCCAGCCUUUAUUUAAAAGCCUCCAAAAAAGGAGCCUCCACCACAUAGAAUCAUAGAAUAGUAGAGUUGGAAGAGACCUCAUGGGCCAUCUAGCCCAACCCCCUACCAAGAAGCAGGAAAUCACAUUCAAAGCACCCCCGACAGAUGGCCAUCCAGCCUCUGCUUAAAAGCCUCCAAAGAAGGAGCCUCCACCACACUCUAGGGCAGAGAGUUCCACUGCUGAACAGCCCUCACAGUGAGGAAGUUCUUUCUCAUGUUCAGAUGGAAUCUCCUUUCCUGUAGUUUGAAGCCAUUGCUCCAUUGCGUCCUAGUCUGCAGGGCAGCAGAAAACAAGCCUGCUCCUUCCCCUCACAUAUUGAUCCAUGGCCCUCACCAUGUCUCCUCUCAGCCUUCUCUUCUGCAGACUAAACAUGCCCAGUUCUUUAAGCCGCUCCUCAUAGGGCUUGUUCUCCAGACCCUUGUUCAUUUUGGACACAUUCCAGCUUGUCAACAUCUCCCUAUUAGUAGCUUCAUGUGCAGGGGACCUUCCUCCCAGGUCUGACUGAAGUUUUUGUUCUAGAUAUGUGUUAUAGCUAUACUUUUGAUCAUUUUGCAAGAUUGUGUUCGUUGUGAUGGAGUAAUUUUAAAUCAGCGGUCUUAUAACGAAAA